AUGGUGAAUAUAUCGCCGCCGACCAUCUCCCUUCUGGCCCCACAACGCCCUCCACAGCGCUCGGGCGGGUAUAACAAUGCUGGCAAUGGAAACUACGCCCAAGGUUACCCCCAGAACGACCCCAAUAUCGCUGCCCACGGCCUUCGUGCAUCGCAACCUCUGGCUCCUCCAGCUUCGUCCACCGAUCCGCUAGCAAAGUCCAUUCCUAUCCCUCAGAGAGACCUGGCGUCGCUGCUGACCCUGCCAUUGGCCUCUUCGGCGGCUACGGGCUCUCUCCCGGUGCCUACGGAUGCUCCUAUAGCGCUAUCCAUGUCUCCCUCGGGCCACAUGGACAACUCGUUUGGCCUUAGCCCUGGCGGCAGAACCCAGAAUGGUCUUAACGGGUCGGUGCUGGGCCGGAGAAUGCGCCUGGGGUCGCUCUUCUCCACCAUGCUGAUCUGGAACGACGACGCUAUCUCGCAAAACAGCCCAGGCCAUAAUCUGGGCCUGAGCUUCUUGGACUUUAACGACUCUAUUCCAGGCAGUGGCCACUCGGCUGGGCCUCAGGUAUCCAGUCUGAACUUUAUCAGUCCUACGUUGGGCGCUCAGCCUUCUUCGCUAGGCGCCGAUACUGGAUUCCUUUCCAACCCGACCAGAAACCGCUCCCACACCACCAGCGGUGCCCACGCUUACCUGCUCCAGCAUCCAAUGCUGCUGGUAGAACAGCAACCAGUGCAGCAACUGCCUUUUGUCUCACUGGCUCCGCAAAACGACAAGUCUGUGCUUUUUGAUAAUCUCAUGCUUAAUAUACCCGACGGGGCUGUCCAUGGCAUUGGCAACCGGAAUCGGUCCCAAACCUACUCGGGCGUCGCAUCCAACAUCCCCGACCUCUCCAUGGCUGCAAACCUGAUAAUGCUUCUUCAGCAAGCGCAACAAAACCACGGUCAACUGCACCCACUGGGGCUGGCUCGCGACAGAACUCAGACUCCUAAUCAGCAUCUUAAUCAACCCAACCACCAUUAUAGGCCUCAUCACGAUACCAUUUCCGGUGCUUCCAACGUGUACCAGCCUAUUUUGGAGAACGACUUCAACUUCUCGCUGGUGGUGAUCACCACUAACUUUGAAAAUCCAAGCUUGGGUCCAACCUCCACUCUUCUUCUCGACAAUGUUCCCCAGUUCAUGGACGCAGCGAAGUUGUGGCACCUAAUUGCUAGUUUCCCUGGCGCCGUGGGUAACCCUCUACACGGAAGGGGCGUUAUCUGCGUCCGCAUGAGUGCUACUAGCACUACUAAAUUGGCUUUGGUGGAAUGUGCAUCCAUCGAAGUCGCUAUGAACUUGAAGGCAAACUUCAACCACUUGGAGCUUGUGCCUGGCCUCAUCUUGUAUGUUGCUUUUGCCAAACUCUCCGAAAGACCGCUUCCUAUUCCUCCUCACCAUCCUCCUCAGCCUCAGCAAUCGUUCAAGCAUGCUCCACAAGGUAAUGGCUCUUACCAACAACCUGAAUCCAGCAAUGCUUCGCUUAAGUCAAACUCUGGAAGCUUGAAUGCUGGAAGACCGCUGAGCAGAUCAAGCCAUAACGCUAAGGUGCGUCCACAGGGAUCCACGGAGGUUGAUCUUCCAUCGAUCCAGGGCGACUUGGUUCACUUGGUCUCGACUUUGUCGAUGUUGGAGUCUAUAGACAUUAACCGUGUCAAGUUGCUUUUGGACCAUACUAUUGCUUUCCCUAAGGAGAAAUACGAAAGCAACUUUGGCCCAUUGCCAGACCCUAUUCCUAUGCGCCAAUUCGACUCGCCAAAGUUGAGAGAGUUGAGAAAGGUGUUUGAGGCUACUGAGAAGGCAAACUCGGACGGUUCCAGCAAGUCUGACACUCCAGAAAAGGGAGAAUCCGAACCUGAGAUCAUGACUCAGCCUGAGUUGGAAGCCUUGUGUCUAGCCAUGUUGGACGAAUUGCCAGAAUUGUGUUACGACCAUAUCGGCAAUACUAUUGUUCAGAAGUUGUUCACUCUUGUUGAGUCGCCAUUGAUCAAGUUGAUGAUGGUGAAGGAGCUUGCCCCAUACUUGACGCAGUUCAGUAUCCACAAGAACGGUACUUGGGCGAUUCAGAAGAUCAUCAACUUGUGCCACGAUGACUUCAAGCAGAUGACCAUUAUUGCUGAAAGCUUGAAGCCAUACACUGUCAAGUUAUUCAACGACCAGUUUGGUAACUACGUGGUGCAAUGCUGUCUCAAAUUUGGAUCUCCAUACAACGACUUCAUUUUCGAGACCAUGAUCGACAACUUCUUGGAGAUUUCUUACGGAAGAUUCGGUGCUCGUUGUAUUCGUACAAUCCUUGAGACCGCCAGCGAUGCCAAGUCUGCUAACAAGGGUUAUGUCUCCAAUGAGCAAAUCUUCUUGAUUGCUGGUAUGAUUGUUGAAUUUGCUAACGAGUUGGUCGUGAACAAUAACGGUUCAUUGCUUAUCACCUGGUUCUUGGAAACCUUCAACGGUUGCAAGUCCUUGAAGCAUGACUACCGCUACGAGCUCUUGUGUGAUAAGUUCUUGCCUCACUUGGGCCAUUUGUGUACCCACAAGUUGGCAAACUUGACGAUCUUCAACAUCUUGAACAACCGUAACGAUAUUGCUGUGAGACAGAGGAUCAUGAAUGAGAUCUUUGGACAUUUCAAUGAACACGACCUUGAGGAAAUGAGUGCCCGUCCUCCUACGGUUCUCUUGGAGACCAUUUUGGCCGAGAAUGCUGAACAGAGCACUGGUCCUCUUUUCAUCUACAAGAUUGUUUCUAACCCUAUGCUUAUGAACAUUGGCAACGAGCUCAGCAAUGCAAGGUACAAGCAGUACAUCAUUGGCCAGGUGAAGCGUGUGCUUUUGGAGAUCCAGAUCACCAACCUCCAGCCAUACAAGAAGCUUGUGGAUGAAGUUGGUCUUGCUACGAACCGUUUGAGCCGUUCCAGCCUGACGAACCGUAAAAGCAAGCGUGAUCGUCGUGGCAACAAGCCCCACUCUCCUCAUCGUCCAGCGCAGCCAAUGAUCCAGCCAUACAUGCAACCCAACCAGGGGAUGCCUCCAAUGGGUUAUGGUAUGCCAAAGAUGCAAAUGGGCGAGCCCAACGCUGGUAUGCCACCAAACGGGUUCUACCAGCCUCAAGGAGAAAUGCAUCCAGGAAUGUACAACGGUGUGAAUCAAGACAUGCCUCAGCUUUACCAGCAGAGACAGCCGUUUGCACAGCAGCAACAACUCCAGGACGUGAAUGUGAUGCAGCAGCUCGAGCAGCUUUCGUUGAGUUCUGCCGCCAUGGGUUACACUUCUAAUCCAGACACUCCUAAUCCGGGCCAUGGUACCCGGUUUGCCUAA